AUGGGCGAAGAAAAUGCACAUGUCGCCAGUUUGCGCGCAAAUGUUCUGGCACUCGAGAAACAGCUCCGAGCCCUUAAGGCAGAACUGGCGACCGCAGAGGAAGCGCAUAUUGUGCGCCCCGUCGACACAGCCAAGGGACAGUGGCCGCUUACUGGAGGGGAGUUCCAGCGCUAUGGUCGUGCUAUGAUAAUGCGUGAAGUUGGCCUUUCAGGACAGCUCUCGCUGAAAAAUGCAAAGGUCCUCAUUGUGGGCCUUGGAGGACUCGGAUGUCCAGCGGCUGCGUAUCUAGCCGGUGCCGGAGUAGGAACUCUGGGGUUGAUCGACGGAGACGUCGUUGAAGUAUCAAAUCUGCAUCGACAGGUCGCCCACACCACCGACCGCAUCGGCAUGCACAAGGUUGAAAGCGCAAAGACUUAUCUAGAAGCUUUGAAUCCUCUUGUGAGAUAUCAAUGCUACCCCGUCCACCUCACCCCUGAGAUGGCGAUCAAGACCUUUGAACAAUACGACCUCGUGCUAGACUGCACAGACCAUCCGACAUCAAGAUAUCUCAUAUCCGAUGCAUGUGUGUUGACGGGCAGACCACUCGUCUCGGCCGCAGCCCUCAAAUCAGACGGCCAGCUGAUUGUCCUAAAUCACCCAGCUCGACCGCCUGGAGAUCCACUAGGUGGACCUUGUUAUCGAUGUAUAUUUCCCAAGCCACCACCAGCUGAGACUAUUGUAAGCUGCGGAGAAGGCGGAGUUCUGGGUCCGGUUGUCGGAGCCAUGGGUGUACUUCAGGCCUUGGAAGCGAUCAAAGUACUCACGAAACAGACCGUUCCCGUUGAGGGUGCGCCAAGAGCAACUCUCUUGCUUUUUGCCGCAUUCAGCCAGCCUCAAUUCCGCUCAUUACGGAUGCGUGCCCGCAGUGCCACUUGUGCAGCCUGUUCAGCGAGUGCGACAGUCCAGCGGAGUAGUCUGGAAAGCGGGUCUUUUGACUACUUGACGUUUUGUGGCAUGACUAGUCCUCUGAAGCUCCUCUCACCAGAGUAUCGCAUCAGAACCCAGGAUUUCGCGCAGUUAUGCAAACAAGGCAAAGUUUCAUUGAUCGAUGUCCGCGAUGAGACACAGUUCGGCAUAUGCGCCUUGCCAGAUUCCACGAACAUCCCCUGGAAUGGACGACCGGACGCGUGGUUAACCAAGGCGAAAGAUUCUGGUCUAUUGAAUAAUGAAAGCCCAGAAUGUUUUAUUAUAUGUCGCUAUGGAAACGACUCACAGCUGGCAGUACGACGGGUUCUGGAGGAGAGUGAUCUGCAUGUCAAAAUCAGGGACGUUGCAGGCGGCUUCAAGAGCUGGCGAGAAGAAGUCGAUGAAAUUUGGCCAGCAUAUUGA